AUGUUCCCGUUGAUGCUUGGCGUUGAUGGAGGAAAUGACGGACCAAUGGGAGACGGAGAGGGUCCGACCUCCGCCUUGCAGCUCACCACCACCAUCUUGAGAUCACACUUCCAAGCACUCUUGGAUAUUUUGAGAGACGCAAAUUUAGCCUUUGUGAUGUCUCCAGUUCCUCCCGCAGAUGAAUCGGAUUCUUGGAAAUGGACACCAGACUCGAAACUCUGCUUCGUCACUACGGGCGCUACAGCACCCUUCACAGCACUCAUUGAAUCCGUCCUGAGCAUACCGACAAUAGAAACCUUACUUGCAGAUGGCUACACACAUCUCCUCGUCCAAUAUGGCUCUGCAAAAGACGUCUUCACUAAAUCCUCUCACGCCGCACAUGCCCAUCUCAAGCAAGCCGGGCACGAAGCCCGCCUAGUGAUCGAUGGCAUUGAUUUCAGCCCCGAAGGCCUGCAAAAUCAAUUCAAACUCGUGCAGCAAUCGAAAGGACUCGUCAUAUCUCAUGCUGGCUCCGGCUCCAUCCUCGAAGCCCUCCGCUACCAAAUCCCCCUAAUCGUCGUGCCCAACACCGCACUACUCGACAAUCACCAAGAAGAACUCGCCGUCGCUAUGGAGCGCUCGAAUUAUUUGAUACGCGGGGACGUUGGGGAUUUAACACCAGCGAUUCAAAAGUCGAACGACUUCCGAGUGAAGAUGGCGCAGUUUCCACCGGUUACGAGUGGGAAGCAUAGGGAGACUAAGAGCUUUGCUGCGAUUAUGGAUGAUACGGUGGGGUUUCUGGAUUGA